AGGUAUGUUCGGCCAUCUUGCGACUGAAUUGCCGAAAUUAAUAAUAAUAACAAUGAUGAAACGUAAAUAUUACUAAACGUAAAAAUAGUGAAUCAUCUCAUUGAUAAUUAUUCAGAAAAUAAGUGUGCAUUUUAAAAUUGGUUAUUGGCUAUGUAGUUUGUUUUUGUGAUCGUAAGAUAUGUGUAGUCGGUUUUAUUUCCUUAUAUUGGACUGACAACAUAAUUACAAACAGGUAAAAUGAAGCAGUUUUUACAAAUAUGGACUUACUGACAAAAAAUUCCGCACUGGUAAAAAUUUAAAUUACUUCUAUGAUGAUUCUUAAUGGUUCAAAAGACAAGUUACUAAAAAUAUUAAGCAAUUGAGUUCAAAUAGCUGAAUUGAAAUGGAAAAGGAAAAUGACAAGAACAAUGAUGGAAACUCUAACUCCAACAAAGUUUCAAAUCAACCAGAUCAUUCGUCUUUGCUUGAUGCUGCCAAUCUCUUUGGUGCGUACUGGCCCAGAGAUGCUGCCGCAAACUUAUUUGCUGUUGCAGCUGGUGGUUUUGGUCUUCCAACACACCCAUCUUUACCAUUCGGAAUGAUGUCUGCAAGCUCAGCAGGUAGCCGACCUUCGGCACUGCCUUCUUCCUACCAAUCUACAGUCAACGCAUCGGCAGCUGCCUCUGUAUACACUAACACUCUCUCUGCUGUAGCUAACCAGGCAGCUAGUUUGGGCAUACCGGCUGGUAGUGCUGCUUGGUGGUCAAUGGCUUCUCAGUUAGCUGCUCAAGAUUAUCUGGCACGGUUACAAGCAUCUGGUCUCAAUUUUGCCGGGUUAGGAGGUCCUGCAGAUCUCCACUAUUCAAGUAUGGGACUACAGUCUCUAGCUGGUCAAAUGAAAACGCCUAAGAGUUCCUACAAGGGUGGCCAUCCUUUGUCAUCAUCCACGCCGCUUUCCAGGUCACAAGACCAUUCAAAGAUGUCCUUGCCAUCCAAACUAGAUCUCAACAGCAUAUCUGAUCCAAUGAAAGCCUCAUUAGCUAAUCUACACUCGAGUUCACAGUCAUCCCGCAGUGGUAUCAAAACUUCUUCAAGUUUAACCAUCCAACCAACAUCAAAAUCUAUCGAUAAACAUUCUAAACCUAAAUCAAGCAAUAAUGAUCCUACCUCCUACAACAAAGGGCAGAAAAGUAUGUUGUCAAGUAAUGAAAGUCCAAAUGUGAAAGAAUCAUCGUCUUCAUCUCCAAAUAUGUUUGCCAGUCCCUUCAGUAUUAACAGUAGUAUUUCAUCAGAGAAUUCGGAAGGUGGUCAGGACAGUUCGGGUUAUCUUCCGCCAGGUGUUUUAGGGUUACCACCUGACACGGAAAUAAUCAAGUACACAUCAUCUAUCGUUGGACCGAAAGUACCUGGCACUACAAACCGAGGAAGAAAGAAGACUAUCAGUCUUGAUCCGCCGUUCGUCAGUCUGCAUCCUUCACAGCUUGGCCCAGAAGGACUUAUGCAAGCAAUGAUUAAAAAAAGCAGUUCAAAUGGGCAAGAUAUUACACCUCCUUCUACGCCACCGACAGACAAAGCGGAGGAGAAAAGGGCUACGAAUGGAAACAUAUCGGAUAUUACUGCCAGUUAUGAUGGCACAGAACCGACAGGAGAAACGCCGUUAAAUUUGUCGGUCAAACCUACUAUGGAUAACUCUAGUGUCAACUCACUGGCAUCAUUGAGCAAUAUUUCAUCAAGUGUCGGAUCAGACAGGAUAUCUCGAAGAAAACCUGGUCCCAAGCCAAGGCGGAUCAUUUCAUCUGGAAACCAAAUGUCUUCAUCUUCAAGCAAUUUUUAUUCCCACCUAUUUUCCCCAGUUGACUCCCCACGACCACCAAGUAGAAACGAAGGCUCUGACGGAGGCAGUUCGACGUCUUCAACAUGCACGACUUCCGCCACAAUAUCUACAAGCGGUACUCCAAUAUCUCCGGGUCUGAGUUAUAGUCAAAAGGAAGGAAGGCCUAGGAACUUGGGAAGAGGAAUUAGUAAACCAAAAAAGAAUACUGUAGCGUCGUUAUUGGCACAGAGUAGAGCAUUAGGUAUUAAACCUGUUCCACUUCUAGAUGCGAAUGCCUCAAUAAAUCAACAAAUGAGUGUUCUGAAAUCAAACUUGAUGGCCGCACAGCAAUAUCUAUCCGAUACUGGUGACGAGCAAGCGCUCAAUAGGCUUCUUCAAGAUAAAAUUAAAGGUGCACUCAGUGACUCCAGUACAAUAGACGCCUCUGAUUCUGAUAAUUUGACCGAUUCCAAUCAUACUGACUCUGAAAUGGAGGUAGAGGUAGUGGCAAAGAAACAAAAGCAAUACGAUGAACGUUUGUUGAGAGUUCCUCUAGAAAAAGGUUGGAAAAGAGAAACGAUUAUUAGAGGUUUAACAAAAAACGGAAAUCUAAAGGGAGAUGUUACAUAUACAGCACCAGAUUCCUCGAAUAAAUUUAAACAAAUGUCAGAUAUUUCACAGUAUUUGGAAUACCAAAAAUGUCUGGAACUUUCAAAAGAAAAUUUUACCUUCAGCUGUAGGAUAAUAUUAGGCGAUUACCUACAACCUGUCCCUACAGAAAUUCAGUUGGAAGGCAAUGAAUGUAUUCGACUUACAGAAGAAGACAUGAACAGAAGGCUUGAAGAAUUUUCAUUUUCAAUGAGGACAAGUAUUCCAGUGGAACAGAGAAUCGAGUUGGCAAGAAAGCAGCAAGCAGCUAGAGAAGCAGCACGACAAGACAAAGAGCAGACUAAGUUAGCGCAUGCGCAAGAGAACGAAUAUUUUGAGAGGCAAGAACAAAUCAAAUUCGAAAAGGAAAUUAAACAUCCACCAAUGAUAGAGGAUAAAGAACUAAAAAAGCAGCAAGCCACCCUUCUUAAAGAACAGGAACGAGAGAGAAAACGUCAGCACAUGAUACUCAUAAAAACGUUGGAAAGUAGACGUAAACUGGAAGCAAGGGAACGUAAAAAACAGCAGCUUCUCGCGGAAAAGCAAGCAAACAAGGAAAAGAAACUUGAGCAAAGAAAACAAGAAUUGGAAAUCCUGUCUGAAAUUAGAAAACCAUGUGAAGAUCUGGAAAUUGAUCAGACGUUUUUACCAGAAUAUGAACGAAUACCUGGUCUGAAAUUGUCGGCGAAAGCAUUCGGUGAUCUCCUGAUGGUAUUCGAAUUUUUGCACAAUUUCGGAGAAACUCUAGGUUUUGAUAUGGAAUCUCUUCCUACUUUAAAUUCUCUUCAGCAUGCUUUACUACCUAGUAAAAUGUCGACGGAAUACGAAGACGAACUAUUUUCGAUAAUGACUCAUCUACUAGUUUGCGCUAUUGAGGAUCCGGGAAUACCUAAUCCAGCAAGAUAUACAACAAAUCUAGGUCAAAGUUUGAGACAAGCUGAUAUAACUCCUUCGAAUAUAUCGGAAAUUCUAAGGAUAUAUUUGUACGCCAAUGCAACUGGAGAAAUUAAGGCUUUAACUGGAAUUCAUUUCGAAAGAGAACGUGAAAAGAGAAUUGCAGAUCAUCAUCAACUUGAAGACGAAAUGAUUAUAACCCAGACGGGAAAGAACGCGCAGUAUUAUGAAUUAUUACACGGAAAUCAGACAUACAAAUUAUCAGAUUUGUUGAAAAACCGACCAUUUAUGAGCCUUUGUCCCACAACUAAGGCUGAAAUUCUAGCAUAUAUUUGUAAUGAAUUGCUUCAGAACAAGGCUGUUAUCAGGCAGAUCGAAAAUUCUUUGGAAACUGUGAUACAACAGAAAAAAGAAAAAUGGUUACUCGACAUGAAAAUCAGAAAGUUAACGCUACUCCAUAAUAAGAAAAUUAGAACUGAAAGCAUAGAAAAGUCCCAUCUGCGAUUUGAUGAAGAACCAUUAGCAGAUUCUCCCUCGUUAAACAAAGAUGAUUUACUAGAUGAGGAAGAUAAUGAGUUAAGUGAAAACGAAAGCGUUGGAACUCAACCAGAAGAGGAGGAAGAUAACAAAUUAUCUCCUGAAGAACUAGGAAAGAAACUUGAAAAAUUCAUAAAAACAUCUGAAAUUCACUUCAGUACUCUAAAGGCAGCAAGUUUACAAUUGCGAGCUAUUUGCUACGGUCAAGAUAGAUACUAUCGAAGAUACUGGUCGCUGCCCAAAGCAGGAGGUAUAUUCGUAGAAGCAGUAGAAAGCGCGGAUCCAGAUAAAGCGAAAGAGCAAGUGUGUCCAGAUAAUUCUGAACUUGGCAGUGAUGGUGUUCAAGGUUUAAGCGAUUUCGAUAAUUUGAGUCAAAAGGAAGAGGAGGAUGAUAUGGGUAUAGAUGAAGAGAUUAAUAGAAUAAUGGCGGGAAGUGAAGAUGAUAACGAUUCUAGAUUGGCGAAGGAAGGCGAAGAAGAAGAUAGACAAAAACUAAAUAGAAUCUUUGAAAACGGAGAUGUAAAUAUCAAAUCCGAACCAAAUGUAAAAGAUGUUAAUAAGAACGCAGAUGAAAUUGGAGAUAACGCCGAAAAAACCACAAAUAGUGAUAUAGAAACAACUGAAAGUAACGAAGAAUUUAAUAAUACUACAGAGGAGUAUGACAAUUUUAGUAAUAAGCCAUUUAGUCUAUUCGAGAGGCUUGGCCAAUGUGUAGAACGUGAGAAUAAGACUGAGGAGGAUUUAAAAAUGGAAGUAAAAGCUGAAGUAAAGGAAGAAUUAAAAAAUGAAAUCCUAAAUGAACUCAAAGCAGAUAUAAAACAUGAAUACUCGAUAGAAUCUAAUCAUGAAAACGACGAAGAACAUGAACAUAAAUGGUUUAGCAUAUUAAGUUCUGACACGACGACUUGUGAUGAGAUCAAUCUCAGUUCGGGCGCUAGAUGGGAAAAUGGAAUCGGAGCUUGCACAAAGGACAUUAUGGAACUGAAAAUUCCAGUUUUUCCCCCGCCAAAUUCUGAUGCAUCAGCUUACACAAACUGUGAUAGUCCAACGCCUCUUCAGUUGACGCCCGAAGAAAGUUUUCAAUUGGAGUAUAUCCGAAAACACGGAACUAUUAAGUGUACUCAAAAAAAGAGCAUUCCGUCUAAAAUGAGGUAUGGUUGGUGGCGUAUCUUUGACGCAACACAACUCCGAGAAAUCUUAGACAAUCUGCAAAUAAGGGGAAUACGCGAGAGAGAACUGAAGAGGAACUUCAUAAAUAUUAUGCAGGCUAUGUACGAUAAGAAAGGAAGACUGGUUAUAGAAGAGGGAAAUAGGGAUUUGACAACUUUAAAUGAAGAACCUGUAGAUGGAAUUAAAUAUAUCGAAGAAAGUGCUCCAGAACCAGAACAUUUCAACGCCUACAGUAUUGAAAUGGAACAAAGGAUAGACAUGUUUUUAUUAGAGCAGAUUGAAACAUUGGAAGAUAAAGUAGCUAACGCUAGCAUGCAGACGAAGGGUUGGAAGCUGCCGAAUCGAGAUUUGGAUGAGCCAACACACGAUGAAUUUAUCGUUCUUGCAAAGGAAAGAUUGGCAUCUUUGGAGAUGAAUAUUGAAAGAAGAUAUUUAAAGCCACCCUUAGGAGUCAGUACUGGUGAUCCUCAUUUAGCGACGCUUAGCCAAGAAUCUUCCUCUAGCACUCUAUCUACUCAACUAAAUUGUGACGAAAUACCUAAAGGAUUGGCUACGUGGAGAGACGCGGUUAAUCGCAGUUUGACGACGGCUCAAUUAUCAAUGUGUCUAUAUUCAUUGGAAGCUUGUAUAGCGUGGGAUAAAAGUAUCAUGAAAGCUAAUUGUCAAUUUUGCCAGAGUGGCGAUAACGAAGAUAAGCUGUUACUCUGUGAUGGCUGCGAUAAAGGUUAUCACACCUAUUGUUUUAAACCUAAGAUGGAUACUAUCCCAGAAGGAGAUUGGUACUGCACCGAAUGUUUAAAUAAAGCAACUGGAGAUCGUAACUGUCUCGUUUGUAGUAAGAAAAUUUCGACAACUGGUUCAAAGUUGGUGUUGUGCGAAUUAUGUCCUCGUGCGUAUCACACCGAUUGCAUUCAGCCCAACCUACCCAAAAUUCCUCGGGGUAAAUAUUACUGUUUAAAUUGCAUCUCGAAAAAGCCUCAAAAGAAACCAGUAAAGAAACCUCCUAAGCCGAAAGAGCUUGAAGUGACAGAGCCAAUUCAGGCACCAGUCAGCCCUACUCCAUCUCACAGCUCCAUGACAACAACUGAAGAUAUAUCAGUAUUAAAUAGUUCUCAAAGUGACACGUCGUCGACAAAUGUACUUAACGUAGAGUCUCCAUCCACUCCAAAUCACAACAAAAAAGAUAGGAACAAGAAACUAGCAAAAGAAUUCGCUCCGUGUAAAACGUUAUUGGAAGAUCUGGAAUGUCACGACGAUGCUUGGCCGUUUUUACUGCCUGUUAACACAAAGCAGUUUCCUACGUACAAGAAGAUUAUAAAGGUUCCGAUGGAUUUGUCAACUAUCAAGAAAAGAUUGCAAGACCAACAGUACAAAACAAGAGAAGAUUUUUGUGUCGACGUAAGGCAAAUUUUCAACAACUGUGAAACGUUCAACGAGGAUGACAGCCCAGUGGGUAAAGCAGGCCACGCCAUGAGACAGUUCUUCGAAGCCAGAUGGAACGAACUAACCUUAAAUAGUUGAGGAUUGCUUCACGCCAAGAGGCAGUAAUUGUUAAUAAAUAAAAACAUUUGCCAUAUUUUUGAUAAGAAAAAUUCAGGUGUUUUCUGUGUGUGAUAUUCAACCGAUAAUAAAAGUGCUAGAGGCUUUUUUGCGAUUAUAAGUUGCGUAGUCGAUCGGACUUAAAAUUAUUUAUAAUUUUUGUAUCUAAUUUUUUAGUUAUAUUUUUGUAUAAGUAAUUAUUGAUCAUGUAUUAUGAUACAAAGUAUCUGAAAGUAUUAUUUUUUACUUUAUUUUUGUCAUAGAGAGUUAGGAUGCAUGUAUGGUUACUGUAAAGCUCUGAAAUUACUUUUUUUUUUUUCAAAAUAAACUAUUUAUACACACAUUGGAAAAGCAAGUUGUGUCCAUAAAUUAUAAAAAUCAUGAGUAUUGUGUAUCGAUUGUAAUAUAAAUACUUUCAAGUGUCGCUAAUGAGAAAAUCACAAAAAACUAUUAAUUUUUUUUAUAUAUUUUUACAUCACAGUUUUUAACCGUUAGAAACCUUUUGUCAAAAAAAAAAUUCAAUAAAUUGAUCAUCUAUACCGUUUUAUAAACAUUGCAAAAGUGAGAAAAUCGUCGUAGUAUAGGGUAAUUUUUGGGAAAUUUAUAUCUCAGUCUAUUCUUCUGAAUGUAAUUUUUUCUUCUAAACAGUUUAGAUGAAAUUGUGUCCCCUGUAUGACUGUCAUUUCACUUUUUAUAUCCUAUCUAUGUGUAUUAGCUUCACACUGAGUGUUACUUAAUUGUGUACAUUGAUUAGUGGUUCACUAAUUAAAUGAUUGUUGAAUAAAUAUUUAAAUGAAUAUUAUUUUCAUCUCCAAUUAUAUCUGAUAAGAAAUAAACUAUAAAAUACAGUCUUUUUUUGUAAUUUUGGUUUCCAGAUUUCAAAGAUUUUUAGAAAAAUAUAACUGGACUUCUGCAUGCCCCAUAGAAAUUCUGUUAAGCUGGAGAUUUUUUC